CAUUUUUUUGGGAAAAUAUAUAUGAUUUUGUUGGGAGUGCUGAUGGCCGUCACCCGGAGUCAGCACUCAUAUACAAUUUAUUUGUGCAGUUAGUUAUUUGCAGUUAGUUUGGGCUUGCCAUGUUCGCAGGUGGCCCUUGCUGCUUGGAGUCGAGACAUUAUAUGCCAGAACCAUUUUUUAUGUUUUUAUGUUAUAAGGUCCUUUAAUAAAAAGUAAAAAUUUAGUUGAGUUUAGUUUUACUGUGUGAUUAUUCAUCGGGGUUUUCAUAUAGGCUUGCCCAUGUAAUGCUAGGUGGCAGUUUGGGUUUAGUUCUUGGCCUCUACAAUAAUAUGGUCUAUUACUAAAUAAUAGACCUGUUUAUUGUUGGGCCACUGCUGGGCUGGUUUUUCAGUUUUCUUAUUGUUGGUGUUUUUUAACCGAAGUAGCGAAUUUUACAGAUUUAAAAUUUCUUUCUCAUUGUUAUCUACACAAACAAAAGGUUGUAAAUUUUGUCCCCUCCCACCCAACCCAUGUAGUUUGUUUUUACACAGUGUUGUUCUGUCACACUUUACUGCGUCCGUUAUAUAUUUAAAAAUUUGGUCAGGCUUAGGGUAAAUAUAGAUUUAUUUUAAGUUUUAUUUGCCUGUCCAUAUUAAUUUUAAUAACAUAAGGGGAAACUGAUUGUUUUCCGUACUAGAUUUGGUUUUAGUAUAUUACAUAUUCUGCUGGUUUGAGUUGCGUUUUUCAGUUUGCCGUGUAGACGCAGAGUACCAAACGUCGGAUACAGGUCGGUCACGACUCCACUUCCGAUGGGGCAGUUCGGACACCUCGGGUUCGUCGACAGUCGCUUGAAGUUAACAGUUCCUUGGCAAUCAGUGCCGGAUGGACGCUUUUUACCUGGCACAUUUUUUGGGGAAAAUAUAUAUGAUUUUGUUGGGAGUGCUGAUGGCCGUCACCCGGAGUCAGCACUCAUAUACAAUUUAUUUGUGCAGUUAGUUAUUUGCAGUUAGUUUGGGCUUGCCAUGUUCGCAGGUGGCCCUUGCUGCUUGGAGUCGAGACAUUAUAUGCCAGAACCAUUUUUUAUGUUUUUAUGUUAUAAGGUCCUUUAAUAAAAAGUAAAAAUUUAGUUGAGUUUAUAUUUACUGUGUGAUUAUUCAUCGGGGUUUUCAUAUAGGCUUGCCCAUGUAAUGCUAGGUGGCAGUUUGGGUUUAGUUCUUGGCCUCUACAAUAAUAUUCAUUUAUUACGACGUUCAUUUGACAAUAUUAAAUUAAAUUAUUCUGUAGUAAAUGUAUUCUUGAUGCGGUAAUAUGUAUCUAGUCUUGACGAAUUAUUUCGUUAACUGUUGUUUGUAAUGAUCAAAUCUAUUUCGACGGAAUUUAAGGUCUCCGUCGUGAGUUUUUGGACGUUUUCCAUAAAGGGUGCUUGAUGAAAAACAUUUACAUAUUGAUUAUAACAUUUUUGCCAAAAUUUACAAAUACUUUUAAACGAGACUAUAAAUAAUGGACUGUUUAUGUAUUAUUAAAUAAAAUGUUAAUAUGUUUUCGUAUAUCUUUGUAAAUUGUGCAUAUUAAUAAGAAAUGAUAUUCACUUUCUACGACAUUCAGCUUACAGAGUUUAAAUUGUUAUUAUGUCCAGAUAUUGUUCUGUAUUAAACGUAUUCUUGAUGCGGCAAUAUGUAUCUAGUCUCGACGAAUUAAUUAUUUCAUUGUAUCAGUAUUGUUUGUAAUAAUAAAAUAUAUUUAAAUAUAUUGUACCUUUAACUGGUUUGGGGUAACGGAAAAGUAGCACCGGAAUCGAAUUCAGCGAGACCAAAUGAUAUAGAUUUAAAGUCUUAUUGUUCUAUUUCGACGGCAUUUAAGAUCUCCGUAGCGAGUUUUUUGACGUUUUCCAUGAAGGGUGCUUAAUGAAAAACAUUUACUUAAGAGAAAGACUCAUUUGUGCAUGAUAUUAUUUUUAACAAAUAUUUAAAUAUGUGCAAUUUUCGUAUGACAGAAAAGAGUUACCGUCCUAAUUCGCCAUAUAAUGUGUACACAUUAUUUUCCUGAAUCUUUUUCCAAGAUUUUAAGAUUUCAGCAGAAUAGUGAUACAUACAUGUCAUUUAUUUUAUGAACAGGCGUUUCCCAGGCCGAAUACAAACGAGCAUGUAAGGGAGAGCCGUUGCACUUCAUAUGCAGAGACUGUUUCACACCUGUACACCAGUCGACAGCAUUACAGGAAAGCUCGUUAGUGCACAGCGACGUCGACGCUGAAAUGCCAGAUGUUUCAGAUGUUUACUCGUCAGUGAACAGCGUCGUCGACGCUGAGAUGCCAGAUGUUUCAGAUGUUUACUCGUCAGUGCCUUCAUUCGACAGAUGCUCUGCCUGCCGCUACUACCAGCGGAACACAUUCGUCCGACAUUCGACAUGAUGAGCGGACUGAACACGGCGCCGCACAUCAACCCAUUGUUAGAGUACAUGUCCAACACAUGGAUAAACUCAACGGUGUGGCCAGUAGAGUCCUGGUCCGUAUAUGGACAGACGGUGCGAACCAACAAUGACGUGGAAGGUUGGCACAGACGCCUGAAUCGUCGGACUGGCUGCGCUCCACCACUCUAUACCCUCAUCCGAACCAUCCACGAAGAGGUGAUGAAAGUAGAGAACAUGAUUGCGCUUGUCAAUGAGCAGCAGCUGCAGAGGAUCCAGCGGAAAGCCAGUCGGUCGAUUCAGGCCAAGUUGUUUGCUGCUUGGGAAGAGUAA